AUGAUUGAUACCAAGUUGGUAGUCAAUCAUAUAGAAGAAUUGCAAAUUAUUAUCAAUGAUUUGCAAUGUGAAGGAUUGGUCAUCAGUGAGCCAUUCCAAGUUGUUGUUGUGAUUGAGAAGUUGGCUCAUUCUUGGAAGGACUUCAAAUGUUAUCUUAAACAUAAGCGAAAGGAGUUAUCUAUGGAGAAUUUCGUGGCAAAACUCUAUAUAGAAGAGGAUAACAGAAAAGGAGAUAAAACUCCGCUAGAAGUUGAAGCCAAGGCUCACAUUACUGAAGUUAACCUAAGAAGUAGAAUUUCAAGUAGAAAAAUGCGAAUCAUGGGUCAAGGAAUGAUGCUAGCAAGCGCAUUUGAGCACAAAAAGGGACAAAGUUCCAACAAUCAAGCCAAUGUCAAGGAAAAUGACGAUUUGGUUGCUGUCAUUUAUGAGGUAAAUAUGGCUUCAGACACCAAAGGUUGGUGGAUUGAUACUGAUGCUACUAGGCACAUUUGUAGGGACAAGUCAUUAUUCAUUACAUACGAGAAGCUAGAUGGUAGCGAUAAGCUGUACAAGGAAAAUGCUUCAACUGCCUCAAUGGAAAGCAAGGGAAAAGUCAUGCUGAAAUGGAUUUUUGGAAAGAUACUUACCCUUAAUGACAUAUGA